AUGUGUGAUAACGAUCGCUUCAAAGUGAUUAUUGUUGGGGGAUCUAUCGCUGGACUCACCCUGGCGCACUGUCUCCAUCAGGCAGGAAUAGACCAUGUUGUCCUCGAGAAGAAUUCAGAUCUCUCUCCACAGGUGGGGGCAUCAAUUGGUAUUGUCCCCAAUGGGGGACGUAUCCUAGAUCAAUUGGGGCUCUUUGAUGCUGUGGAGAAGAUGACCUACCCUCUCCGCAUGGCUACUAUCACAUACCCCGACGGGUUUUCUUUCCGUAGCAAUUAUCCUAAAGCCGUUUAUGAAAGAUUCGGGUAUCCCAUUGCAUUUCUAGAUCGACAGAAAUUCCUCGAGAUUUUGCACAAAUCAUACCCUGACCCGAUAAAUAUCCAUACAAACUGUCGAGUGACGCAUAUUCGACGGCUAGAUAGUCAUAUUGAAGUUGUCACAAUCUCCGGACAGGUGUAUACUGGGGACCUAGUGGUCGGUGCCGACGGUGUCCAUAGCGUUGUCCGCGCUGAGAUGUGGAAAUUGGCGGACGCGCUGGGGCCUGGACGGGUGUCGCAGCGAGAAAAGAGAAGCAUGAAAGUCGAAUACGCCUGUGUGUUCGGUAUCUCGUCGCCCGUUCCAGGCUUAAACCUCGGAGACCAAGUGAAUGCAUUCCAUGAUGGCCUGACUAUUAUCACCAUCCAUGGGAAAAGCGGACGGGUUUUCUGGUUCGUGAUCAAGAAAUUGGACAACACCUACACGUACCCGGACAUGGUGAGAUUUUCGAGUGCCGAUGCAGUACGUACAUGUGAGCAAGUCGCGCACUUCCCACUGGUGAACGGGGCCACUUUCGGCCAGGUCUGGGAGAACAGGGAAGUCACGUCUAUAACAGCAUUAGAGGAGAAUGUCUUUGAUACCUGGCAUGUGGACCGCAUCGUUUGUAUUGGUGACAGCAUUCACAAGAUGACGCCAAAUAUCGGACAAGGAGCGAAUACUGCAAUCGAAGACGCCGCAGUCUUAACCAAUCUGUUGUAUGAUAGGCUCUCGAAGAAUGGGCAGAAGAAACUCCUACGGCCAGCGCUUGAAAAGCUUCUUCAUGAGUUCCAGUCCGAGCGCUUCAGCCGUGUCAACAAGAUCUACCAAGAUUCCCGGUUCUUGGUCCGGCUCCAUGCACGAGACGGAAUCAUUAAAUCCCUGCUUGCACGAUAUAUAGUGCCCUAUAUGACAAGACUCCCGGUGGAUCUAGCUUCGAAGUCCAUUGCUGAUAGUCCUAUAAUUUGCUUUCUCCCUGUUCCAUCGCGCAGUGGGCCUGGAUGGUUGCAGUGGAGUCGAAAGAAAAGAAGACCUUCUGCCUGGUGGAUACUGGUAUUCCUUGUGGUUGUGGUCAGCUUCGUCCUGCACUCGCCCCAGCUUGUUAUUCCAGAAUUCUGGAGCAAUUCACUGAUUUCUGGACCGGUUGAGUAA